UCUCCGCGACGCUUACGCCGCAGCGUCUGCGGCAUCUAUGCGCCUCCACUUAAAGUGAGUAGCAGCGGCCGACUAUGCCGAGAUAGGGAGCCAUCGACCGGCCGCGCUCUUUCCGAGAAUGGCGUGCGAUGGUUCCUCCGCGGAGGUGAUGUCCGGAGCAGCUCCCUGCACGUGCAGCAGGCACCAGCGCAGCCGGAGCAGCAGCGUGGUCUUCCUGGGAUUAUUCCUGCUCUCGCUGUCGCUGCACGCUGUCACCCUGCUCUGCUACCUGGACCUGCGCUCCGAGGUCAAACGGGACGUGACCCACCAGAAGCGGGACGCCGUGUUGACCCCGGAGGGGGGCGAGCUCCCGGUGCUGUCGGCGCCCGCUCAGCCGCGGCUGGACUCUGAGGAGAGGGUACUGCGCAGGAACAGCCAAGCUACAGAAGACACAAGGGGGAUUACUCAGCGGGCGAAAAGGAGUCCAGGCAAACACACAGAAACAGAGGCGACUGGAAGGGAGAGAAAGAAAGGUAGGAAAAAAGGAAAGAAAAGAUCAGUGCCAGGUCCCCCGGGGCCUCCUGGACCACCGGGCCCUCAGGGGCCACCAGGCAUCCCUGGAAUCCCUGGUAUUCCAGGAAGCAACGCAGUAGGGCCCGCCGGACCACCUGGACCUCCUGGCCCACAGGGACCACCAGGAAAUCAGGGGCCAGCAGGAGUUCCGGAUAAGAUGAAAGCAAAAGAAUACCAGCCUGCUGUGGUCCAUUUGCAGGGGCAGGAGACAACCAUCCAAGUUAGAGAAGAUCUGUCGGAAGGCAUCCUGAGGAACUGGAAGAUGGUUUCCAUCCACCACCGAGUCUUUAAAAUGCACUCCCGCUCCGGAGAGCUGGAGGUGCUGUUGGACGGGGUCUACUUCAUUUAUAGUCAGGUAGAAGUGUACUACCUCAACUUCACGGACAUCGCCAGCUACGAGGUGAUGGUGGACUCUCGGCCUUUCCUGCGCUGCACGUGCAGCAUAGAGACGGGUCAGCGCAAGUUCAACACCUGCUACACGGCCGGGGUGAGCCAGCUCCGCGCCGGCCAGAGGAUCUCCAUCCGGAUCGUGUAUGAGGACACGCUCAUCAGCAUGACCAACCACACCACUUUCCUGGGAAGUGUCCGACUAGGGGAGGCGCCAUCUGCUGGACAGAAUUAACAACUGUUCAAUCCUCAAAUGAACAUCCUUGUGUGGAUGAAUGCAUUUCCCCACCACAGCCUUACAAGCAGACAUCAGGGCGGAAUUCAGGCUCACUGACAUUGACUCAACGGUGACAUCUAUUUAUGGUAACCACCUUCUGUCUGCAGUAUCACAUGGAAGGACACUGUGCCGACAGAUGAACAACAAAUACAUAUAGUGAAAGGUUUAUGGAUAAUCCUGUAUCUUCCAAAACAGUCAGUAGAAAUAUGUUAUUUUUAGCUAAGCAUUGGGGUUUUUUUAUAGCAGAUUUUAACACCUCCACUUGAUUUAUUAAGAGGCAUAAUAAACUUCUCUAGAAUAAAGUCAUGGACCUGGAGUUGGAGCACUAUAUAUUUUGCGCACAUUUGCACUACAGCAUCCCUGCAGAAUAUCAAUGAUAUAUUUUGUUACCGUGCUAUUGUUUAGUUAGUGUGUGUGAAUGAAUUCCUGCGGAGAAAAAUAAAUGUUUAUACGUCUGUGUACAUAGUGUACAUAAAAUGGGAUAUACUUUUUGUAAAUGGAGUUGAUUGAUGGAUUAAAAUGUUUCUUUUUCUGUCUAAAUGCGUUUGGUCUCGCGUGCCUGCAGCCGGUGGUAUUGACUGCAAACGUCCACUGACAAGAAGAAGUGACCUUCUUUGACUCUUUGUUUGAAAUCUUCCUGCACUUGUUUCUUAUCAGAAAUGAUGCCUUUUCCAUCCUAAAAUAUUGGGCUGCUUUAUCUUUUAUAAAGGCAGGUUUUCUGAGGUUAAAGCGGACAUGUGACCUCUUCCACUUAAGUGACAUGACGACAUCCUGUCUGCCGUAUUAACACUUGCAAUGUUUAUGUUUUGACUUCUUCUUUUCCCGUUUCACAAAGCCAGCAUUAAGAAGUGAUUUUUACCACAUCCAGAGGGAUAUAAGUCUGCUAUUAAAUCAUCCAUGGGGGACUGUGGUGGCCCGUGGCCAAGGGGUUUCAAACAAAAGAGGUAUGUCAUUGAUUACGCAGGAUGGAGUCAUCAUUUAUGUUGCACUACUGAGAUUUAGACUGUUAGUCAGAGUUCAGUUUCUCUUGUGGUAAUACGUUUUCUUCUAAUGUGUUUUGUUCUCUGAGGACGUAAAGAGGAUCCAGCAGCAACAACACAGCUGCGACAGUGUGUCAGAGCACACAA